AUGACAGCUGAUUUGAUGGAAGUUGAUACCAAUGAAGAUGCUACUUUAGUGACAAAGUACGCUGAAGAAAAGGCGGUUGAUACAAUUAUGGAGACUCUUAAGGAAAUAUCAAAGGCAACUACUUCUUUGGAUUCUCGUCAUGUCUGGAGAGGUUUAAAGGAUUUGAGUACAAUUAGAAAGAAUAGCUUGACUCAAGAAUCUCUAGCCGCUUUGGUUAAUAUUCUAUAUCCAGAUACAUCCGCAUUUAAGAUUCCAUUGUUGAAAUAUAUCAAUGAUAAUCAUAAAUCUAAUGUUCCUAAUGCAGAGAAAUUGAGAGCUCAAUAUCCUGCUGCAUUUUAUAAGAUUACAUCUCAAAAGACUAUUGAAGUAUCCCCAGAAUUGAAUACUUUUUUCCAUCUUUUAGUCCAACUCUAUCUAUUAGACUCCAAAAAAUUUACUGAAUUGGAAACAUUCAAUUCAAAAAUUAUUCUUCCAACUAUUUUAGAAGUUUACAAUCAGCGUUCCUUAGAUUUAAUAAGUGCAAAAUUAUGGUUCUAUAUUAUCCUUGGUUAUGAAUCUGUUGGUGAUGUAGCCAAUGCUGAAAUACGUACUGUGAUGAUCAAAUCCUUAAAGACAGCAUCUUUGAAACAUGAUAAUGAAACAAGAGCCAUGUUAAUAAAUUUGAUCCUUAGAAAUUAUUUAGCAGAUGGUGAUGUUAACUCUGCUGAUGAUUUUGUUAGAAAAGUGGAAUUUCCAACUACAAAUGUAUCUAACCCAUUGGAGGCUCGUUAUUAUUUCUACAUGUCUAAGAUUAAUGCUAUUCAAUUAGAUUAUACAACUGCCAAUGAUUUUAUUAUUACUGCCAUUAGAAAGGCCCCACAUACUGCCAAUAGUUUAGGUUUCUUACAACAAGCAAAUAAAUUACAUUGUGUCAUCCAAUUAUUAAUGGGUGAUAUUCCAGAACUUUCUUUCUUCCAUCAAGCCGAUAUGCAACAAUCAUUAUAUCCAUAUUAUCAUUUGACAAAUACAGUAAAAUUAGGUGACUUAAAGAAAUUCUCGUAUAUAAUAUCCAGAUUCAAAUCUCAAUUAGUUCAUGAUAGUAACUACCAAUUAUGUGUUAGAUUGAGAUCAAACGUUAUCAAGACCGGUAUUAGAAUGAUAUCAUUGACAUACAAGAAAAUAUCACUGAAGGAUAUAUGCCUAAAGUUACGUUUGGACUCUGAGCAAGCUGCAGAAUACAUGGUAUCAAGAUCUAUUAGAGAUGGCGUCAUCGAAGCAAGCAUUAAUCAUGAAAAGGGUUACAUUGAGACCUCUGAACUUUUGAAUGUUUAUGACACAAAUAAUCCACAAAAGACAUUUGAUGCUAGAAUUCAAUUUGUGACACAAUUGCACGAUGAAUCUGUCAUGGCAAUGAGAUAUCCUGAGGAUAACAAGAAGGUAAAGAACUCAACACAAAAUAAUGAUGCUGAUUCUGUAGAUUACCUAGAUGACAUAUCGGAUUUCUCUGAUAUUGAUGAUUUAGGAUUUUUGUAG